AUGAAGGCAACGACUAUCGUUGCUGCCUCUGCAGGCACCAUUCUGACCGGUUUCCUCGCAUAUGCAAUCUACUUCGACUACAAGCGACAUUCCGACGCUGAAUUCCGACGGAAUCUGAAAAGGGAUAACCGACGACUAGCCAGAGCAGUCCGUGAGGAAUCAGCGGCCCAAGGCGCGCGGCAAAUAGCUGAGAUUAAGGAGGCCGUCCUAGAUGCAAAAACGGAAGGAUUCCCCACUGACCCUGAUGAUAAGGAGAGAUACUUCAUGGGCCAGAUUGCGAAGGGCGAACAAUUAGCUGCGGAUGGAUCGAGUAACAUCGAAGCAGCCCUUGCAUUCUACAAAGCGCUCAAGGUGUACCCGCAACCAAAGGACCUGAUCACCAUAUACGACACCACUGUUCCCAAGGACGUGCUGGAGAUACUGGCUGAGAUGGUGGGCCAGGAUACCUCGUUGCAAUUGGGCUCGUUUACCGGCGGAAGCUCGACAGGUAGCAGUAGCGGAGGAGCGGACCACCACGGGGUUGAAUAA